AAAUUAAACCCUUGUUUGCUUCCGACAGGCUGGAGGCUGUUGACCUGUUGUAAACUUCCUGACUGACCGAUGUCAAAUUAUUAUGACGAUGCGUCGAAUUAAAUGAAGCGUAACCAGUUAACCAGUCUGCCAGUCUUGUUAGUCUUUCGACCUUGGUUUGAUUUGAUAGAGGACUGAGCUCAGGCCUGAAAAAGAGAAAGAAUACACACCGAGUGGUAGCCUAAAUCUAUCAAGUAGGCUGUUUUUUUUAAAAACUGCCACCUGUAGCGGAAAGUCUUCAGAGAAGAAUGCCUGAGCGGGUGAACUGCGGUGUCAAUCUCGAGACAAAAAUUGUCUUCUAUGAAAUAGACGCCCCUCCGUUGAAGAAGUGUCGCUUUACAUUUGUGGUGGAAGGUGCCGAAGGGGCUAGUGGGCAGGCGGUAGCUCGGUUCCAGGCUUGGGAUGGCGAGUCCUUGGUGAGGGAAAAUGUGUCCAGCCAGUUUCCUGCAGGAUCUAUCUGGAAGGAUUCCAUGCAAGUCAAAAAAGGAGAUGUCUGCAAUGUUGUGGUGGGCGUGAAGAAAGAUUUCAACCUGGCGGACUUAAGACCCUAGAGAAAUAUUGGUCUGAGUGCUGUAUAAUUGGGCCUCACUAUCACUGACUCAUGCUUAACUCAUUCACUACAUAAUUUUUUUACUCUCUGGGUUGCAAUUUCUUCCGCCAGCAGUCAAAUGUAUACAUUUCGUUUUGUCCAUUGAUUCUCUUAUUUGCUAAGCAAAGUAUAAUCUUAUAUGAAAUGAAAGGAAAUUGAAAGGGGGAUUUAAAAAAAAAAAAUUUUUUUCAACCAAAAACAUACAGUAAAAGUCCUCGAAUCUGGAACACGAAAAUAACGAAUUUUCGGGUACCUCGAACAUAAUGCUCGGUCCUAUUUCAGUCCGUAUGUUUUCUUUGUGUUGAUUUCACGGAGUUCCCAAACACGCACCAACACGCAACACUGAAAUCUCGAACAAAUCCACUUCACAUUCUCAACUAAACACCCAGCUUUACAGCCUUUCUGGCCACUGGUAGGUGUUUCUUUGCUAUUGUUACUGCCAAAACGUGGUCCUUGUACUGGAGGAAGGGGGGACGGAGAAGGGAGGUUGGGGAGUGAUGCUGACUGCACCGCAUGACUGGCUCGCCAUUUGUGCAAUCAUGUUUUGGGGCACACGUGAUGCGGAUGGCAAGAGGCGUAACUUUCUGUAAGCCAAUGAAAUGAGAGGAAAGGAAUGUUGAAGAAAUCGGCUUUGCACACAAGAGAUUUUUCUACUUUCCCCUUUCUUUCAUCUUCUUGCUUUCACACCGUCAACACCUUCAUCACCCCUAUCUGGUUUUGUUAACCUAAUCUUCAUUGUUACAACUUAGCCACUUAGACUUAAGAGUGAUGGCAGAGAAGAGGAAACUCAACUGUCUCACGUUUGAGAAGAAACGGGAAAUCCUGACUCUUGUGGAUAAAAAAACAAUGAGCAAAACAGACAUUUGCAAGCAGUUCAACAUCCCAAAGUCAACCCUGUCCACCUUCAUCAAAGAUCGGGACAAAAUCAACAGCCGCAGUGAGGCAUGCCAACCAAACAGGAAAAAGCAACGCACAGUUAAGUCAGAUGCCAUUGAGAAAUCUCUGUUUGUUUGGUUUAAGCAAGCCCGGGCAAUGGCUAUCCCCAUAUCAGGGCCGAUCUUGAUGGCGAAGGCAGAAGAGAUCGGGACAGAGAUGGGCCUUGAUUUCAAAAGCAACACUGGCUGGCUUGAUCGUUUCAAGAAACGCUAUGGCAUCCUGUACAAGUACAAGACCGUCUGUGGGGAGUCGGCUGCUGUCAAGACUGAGUCAUUAACCCCAGUGGAAUCGCGAACGAAGGGUUUGUUGACAUUGCUGAGAGACUUUGAGCCCAGAGACAUAUACAGCGCAGAUGAAACAGGCCUGUUUUAUCGGUGUCUCCCUUUCAAUACACUUGCACUCAAGGGAGAGAAAUGCAGUGAUGGAAAAGCGCCCAAAAACCGACUCACGGUGCUGGUUGCUGCCAACAUGGACGGCAGUGACAAACUGCCAUUGCUUAUCAUUGGGAAGUUUGAUCGACUUCGCUGCUUUAAAUAUUGCAAGUACCUGCCCCUGCAGUAUAAGGCCAACAAGAAAUCGUGGAUGACGGCGGCCUUGUUUGAGAGCUGGGUGAGAUCACUGGAUGCCAGUUUCAAGUGUGAAGGAAGGAAGAUUGCACUCGUCGUUGAUAACUGCCUUGCCCACCCUGACAUUGAUGAUCUACAUGCCGUGACACUGAUGCGACUUCCCUCCAACACAACCUCUGUACUUCAGCCAUGCGACCAGGGCAUCAUCGCAUCCCUGAAAAAGCACUAUCGAACAAUUGUCUUGCGCAAACUCAUUGCUUACACGGAUCACGGCAAGAGCGCUGAUACCUUUGAAAUGUCGAUUCUCGACGCCAUGUAUGAGCUGAAGGCUGCAUGGAAUCUUGUCUCCUCUGCCACAGUGGCAAACUGCUUCAGGCUCGCGGGAUUUGUGGUUGGAAGUGAGCAACCACCUGACGAUGCUACACCAACAGCAGACAUCAACAAGGAAACACCAACUUCACCUGCACCCACCUGUUAUGGCACGGACGACCUGUUCGAAGCAAUGGCAAAGAAAUUUCUGCCACCAGGAGUCUCCCUCAAAGACUUUUUCUCAGUGGACGAUGCUGUCGAGACAACAGGACAGCUCAGCACAGAGGAAAUCUGUGCCUCUGUUAAUGUUACAGAUAGCGAAGAACAAGAGCAGGAUGACAGUCCCACUCCUUCAUCCAUCCCAACUGUAGCAGAGGCACGGGAGGCUCUACAAAAACUUAGAGAGUUUAUCCAGGCUCACGACUUUUCCCAAGCUGAACAAUACGUCAAUGUCCUUGGCAAUGUUUCCUCCGACAUUGAGAUGGUGUCACUGAAGAGAAGGAAGCAAUCUUCCAUUACGGAUUUCUUCCAAAAAGUGUAGUGAUUUUUCAUUUGAAAUGGAAAUAUUAUCUUUAGUCAAAAUACUCUGUUUUCUUUAGUCAAAAUACUCUGUUGGUUAGGCCUAAUACUAAUAUCGGAGCAAUAGAAUAAUACUGUACAUGAAAAAAUCAUACCGUAGGCACUUAUUUUUAGUCAUAAUGUACACUAGAACAUGACAGGCAGUCAGCGGUGUGCAUUGUGAUUGGCCAAUCCAGUGAUGAGCGAGGUGGGGCAGGCGGCAGAGAGAGAUAGUGGGGAGAGAUUCGUUACGUGAGCCACUCCAAAAGUGAAGUGCCAAAGCCUAGACGCUCAGUAUGAGAGCAUAUAGGCCAUAGCCCUAGGCCUAAGCGAGGCCAAAAAGUGAAAGAAGAGGAGAGCGUGUAGAUCUAGUGUGUGAUUCCUGAUUCUUUGAAUGGUGAUCAAUGAUGCUCAGGCAUACACAUGCAUCCACUUCACCAGUUCUACAGUAGUGGGCCUACCGGUACAAUAGACAGCACAAGCAACAAGACCAAGGAAAAGAUGGCUUCCAACAAAGACAAAAGGAAAUGCUUCUCUCUUGAAUUGAAGGCAAAAAUAAUCAGACGAAGUUGACAAGCAUAUUUUAAUUUUAUUGAUAUGGAAGGCGGUAAUUAUUAUGUGGAUUUUAAGAAGUUUUCCUGUAAUUUCCCCUUUGCAUUCCUAUAGCGGGAACUUGCUUGCAGCUGGAUUUUUCUUCAGGAGCCAAAAGUCCUGCCCCGUGUUCUACUGUACAUACCUUGCUGUAAUAGUUCAAUGUCUGUUCUGUUUUACUUCAACCAAUGUUACCUUGCCUGUUAUUUGCUGGAAGGCUUACAUCGGAAAUGUACCGGUAUUGUUUGUUCAUUUGUUUAGUUUAGUUGCUUUUGCUAUAAAAUUGUUGUGGAAAAUUUAAAAAAACAAAGAAGAAAA